AUGAAACUCGAAAAAGAGCAAACCCGCCCUUCUCAUUUUGAAGACAUUCCAGAAAAUGAGAUCAUUGAGCUCGCUUCCUAUCACCGACGCGACUUCGACCUAGCAGUCAUUCGCAUAAACCCCCACGACCACGAACACGUCCGAAGCUCUAUAAGCCAACCCCUCGAGUCACUCUCCACAUCCACCGGCCUAGGCAAGCUUGAGCUCCUACACCUGGAACUCAUACAUGAAGUCUGCCUCUAUCUCGACAUCGAAUCGCUAUUCCGAUUCCGCCAAGUCAGCCGCCAUGCUCAACAAUACGUCAGCACCAGUCGCUUCUACCGAGAGACGACAACACAUGCCCUCGACGCGCUGUGUGUUCUUCUUAGAACCAAAGUAGCCAACCGAUUCACCCUCGCCGAGCUUUUCACCGCGCUCUGUACCCGCGACUGUACACUCUGCAGCAGCUCAUUUGGAGGCUUCCUCUUCCUCCCGACUCUCCUCCGCUGCUGCUUUUCAUGUCUCCCAAAGGGACGCCUGCCCCGGCUCGUACCUUACACUGACGCGAAGUGGUACAUUUCAUCAAAGUCUAAGGCAAAGUCAUCUGGCCUAGCUAGUUUACUCCCAGUUCUCCGAACCAUCCCGGGGAUCUACUCAAUGCAAGAGGUAUCCAUAAAGGGAAGGAAACAACUAGUGACUAUGGACGACCUUAUCCGCAUAGUUGGGUCCAAGCCUAGUAGUGAUGAAGAGGCGGUUUGGACUGCUGCCAGAUCGUAUGCCAAUCUGCCUUUCAUGGUCACAACUGCUUUACCGUAUCUUGAUCGGGUCAGUGGGCGCGUCGAGGACGGAGUAUCCUGCAGUGGGUGUCAGGUUUCUCUGGAGGAGGCUCUUACGGAGGAAUCGCGUUUGGGGCCUGAUGGUCUUGGUAUACGUGAUCGGGUGUAUUCGCAUGAGGGUUUCAUAGGGCAUUUCAGAGAGUGUCCGAAGGCGCAAGAAGUGUGGAAAUUGCGGAAGAAUGGGACAAGUGUCGCUAGAAUUUCGGAGUUUGUUCGACGGAGGGGGUAUUUUAAGGAAAGGGAUGUGGUUAUGUCGUUUCAUUCGUGA